AAAAUGACAUGACAAAGGACUACAAUGCACAUCUUAAUCUGAAUCAAACAAAGUACAAAAAGACUUUGGCGAAAUUUCCAAAGUGAAGUAAAACCACUACACACCAUCGACACACACACAAAACUUGAUCACAUUCACAGAUAUGGCUGCGAUUGUCUCUGUUGUAUCAUCCACUCCUAAUGCUGCUGCUGCCUCCUCUUUAUCCAAGGAAAAAAUGAAGCUUGGCAGCUGUAAUUUUAAUUCUUUGCUAUGGCAGGGAAAACGACCUUCAUUUGCAACACCAAAGUCUCUUAGUAAGGUUACAAUGUCCGUUGCUACUAAUGUUUCUCGAUUUGAGAGUAUAACGAUGGCACCUCCGGACCCAAUCCUUGGUGUUUCUGAAGCAUUUAAAGCAGACACACACGAAAUGAAGCUAAACCUUGGUGUCGGAGCAUAUCGAACAGAAGAUCUACAGCCCUAUGUGCUUAAUGUUGUCAAGAAGGCAGAGAAUCUUAUGUUGGAGAGUGGAGAAAACAAGGAGUAUCUGCCCAUUGAAGGAUUGGUUGCAUUUAACAAAGCUACAGCCGAGUUAUUAUUCGGGGCAGACAAUUCAGUGAUUCAGCAACAAAGAGUUGCAACUGUUCAAGGACUUUCCGGAACUGGUUCUCUUCGGCUUGCUGCAGCACUUAUAGAACGCUAUUUUCCUGGUGCAAAAGUUCUAAUAUCUUCACCAACAUGGGGUAAUCACAAGAACAUUUUCAAUGAUGCCAAAGUUCCAUGGUCUGAAUAUCGCUACUAUGACCCAAAAACAGUCGGUUUGGAUUUUGACGGGAUGAUAUCAGAUAUAAAAGCUGCCCCUGAGGGAUCUUUUGUGUUGCUUCAUGGAUGUGCUCACAAUCCAACUGGUAUAGAUCCAACCCCUGAGCAAUGGGUUAAAAUUGCUGAUGUAAUUGAGGAGAAAAACCACAUUCCGUUUUUUGAUGUUGCAUACCAGGGGUUUGCAAGUGGGAGUCUUGAUGAAGAUGCAUCAUCUGUGAGAUUGUUUGCUUCACGUGGGAUGGAGCUUCUAGUUGCUCAAUCAUAUAGUAAAAAUUUGGGCCUCUAUGCAGAAAGGAUUGGUGCAAUCAAUGUUGUUUGCUCUUCAGCAGAUGCAGCAACAAGGGUUAAGAGUCAAUUGAAGAGGCUUGCUCGACCAAUGUACUCGAACCCUCCAGUUCAUGGUGCUAGGAUUGUUGCUAAUGUUGUAGGCAAUCCUGUUCUCUUUAAUGAAUGGAAAGAGGAGAUGAAAAUGAUGGCUGGAAGGAUAAAGAGUGUCAGACAGAAAUUAUAUGACAGCAUUUGCGCAAAAGAUAAGACGGGGAAGGACUGGUCAUAUAUUCUCAAACAGAUCGGCAUGUUUUCUUUCACAGGCUUGAACAAAGCUCAGAGUGACAACAUGACCAACAAAUGGCAUGUAUACAUGACCAAAGACGGGAGGAUUUCUUUGGCUGGUUUGUCUUCAGCCAAAUGUGAAUAUCUUGCAGAUGCCAUUAUCGACUCAUUCUACAAUGUUAGCUAGAAAGAACGAUCUAAAUACAUUAGGCAAGAGAUUGAUGAUAUUUUGAGAGUGGAAUCCGUUGACAGUUGAUUAGAACUUUAAUCGGGAUGUUGUAAUAAUGUUUCUCCAUUUUUUGAGAUGUCAAGUGUUAUAUGGGAACUUGUACAA